CUUACGCUCCCCUCAAAUGUCGAACCUGCGUCUCUGUCCUCAACGCCUUUGCUCGCGUCGAUUUCGCCGCCAAGAUCUGGAUCUGCCCUUUCUGCUUCCAGCGGAACCCUUUCCCUCCUCACUACCACAUGAUCUCCGAGACCAAUCUCCCCGGCGAGCUUUGCCCUCUGUACACCACCGUUGAAUAUGCGCUUCCUUCCACCGCCGGCCAAUUCGAUCCCAGAACAGGCGCUGCUCCGCCUCAGACGCCUCCUCCUGUGUUCGUGUUUGUUCUCGAUACGUGUAUGAUCGAGGAGGAGUUGGGGUUCGCUAAAUCUGCACUUAAGCAGGCGAUUGGGUUGCUUCCGGAGAAUGUUUUGGUGGGGUUUGUCUUUUGGGACGCAGGCUCAUGUUCAUUAGUUGGGAUUCUCGGAGAUGUCUAAAGUUUUUGUCUUUAAAGGGAAUAAAGAAGUGUCUAAGGAUCAGGUUUUGGAUCAGUUGGGGCUUUCCUCGAGGAGAGCUCCCACUUCUGGGUUUCCCAAAGGAGCGCAAAAUGGGUUCCAGAGUGCUGCUGGUGUCAACAGGUUCUUGCUGCAUGCCUCGGAUUGUGAAUACACACUGGACUUGUUCCUCCUCAGCUACUCUCAAUUAUGACGGCAUGAAGAAGAUUGACUCAGUGACACUAUCUGAGUUGAAUUUUCAUGACCUUAGUUCACCACCCAAGACUGUCGAGUUCCUAUGUACUAGGGAUGUUGGCAGUAUUGAAACAGCAAAUGGAUGGUGCUGUGUCUCCUGCUCCAAGUUCUCAUCCUGCACGUGUGCGCCCUGCCAUGAUGAAAAUGCGGUUGGAGUUGCAAGGUACCGGAUAGAGAUGUUAGUUACUGAUGUAUCUGACACUGCCAUGUUCGUAGCUUUUGAUGGUGAGAUGAAAAAGUUGACCAGUGGUCCUGCUGUAGCAGCAUCCAUGAUAACAUAGCUGAAACCUGAACAAGUUGACCAGUGGUCUUGCUGCAGCAGUUUCAGCGUCCAUGGUAACGUAGCUGAUACCGUAAGUGUUGAGUUAUUGUUUCUUAAUUUAAAACCUCCUCCUCUGUAAUGUCUUUCAUCAUAUAAAGUCCUGAGAGCCUAGGAGGGCAGACCCACAUAACUAGCCCCUUCCACAAUGCUUCAUAGAUAUUGUGGGGAGGACCAUUACAUUCCAGCUUAAGCUUUCACAUUAAAAAUUCACAUCAAAUCAUCAGUCUUUCACCAUAGCUCG